AUGCCUGAAGAAACUCAGCUAAUUUCUGAAACUGCCGGUUUGUUCUCACCAGAACAGGUCGCUGAAGCUCAUGUAAAAGAUAUUGAAAGCGGAAAUUAUUAUACAGCUAUAGGACUCGAUGGUUGGAUGCUGAGUAUUCUCACAGCUGGUGCGGCACCGGAGCGUAAUAUGCUAAGAUCUCUAGCUCAGAUUCUCCUUGCCGGGCUACUCCGAGGCGUUAUAUUGGUUUAUACGGGUUAUUUCUAUGGAAUCGUUAAGAAAUGCUAUCGACGAAGAAAAGCUGAAGCUCAACGGCAGCAACAGAAAAGUGAGCCAUCUGUUGAGUAA